CAAGAAACAGAAUCUCACGUCGCAUAUUCGCCGCCGGCGACGGAGGUUAUCGAUUUCAGUGCACCGACUGAAUCAUCGUCGGUCCAAGCUCAAUCGACGUUUUUAGUUUAAUUUUGUGUUCUCUGAUUGACUCAUGCAAUUUGACCCCCUGGUUUAAUCUACCGCAAUGGACGGAUUUCGAGUUAAGCAGGAAACCGUAGAGCCAUUGGGUAACAACAAUGGCGAUUAUACUAAAAGGAGGAAUAUUUCGAAGGUUGCGGUGAUUGAUCUCGAUAGUUCUGAUGACGAUUCUUCUACUUCUGGUAAUGGAGUUAGUAAUGGGAAGAGGUUUAGGGUUUCGAAUGAUGGUGUUGGUGCAGAAGGUCAUGGUGAAAAGAGGAAGAAAUCUAGCGAGGGUGUGGUUCUUCCUGCAGGUUUUCUUGAUCCUUUGCCGCCGAAGAAUGUGGCAUCGCGUGGUGCGAAUGGAACUGGUGUGCUGGCUCAGGGCUGUAAGCAGUUUUGGAAGGCUGGUGAUUUCAAUCAAGGUGUGGGUGGGAAUUGGGAAACGUCGUCUGGUGGUAUGGAUCACGUAAGAGUUCAUCCUAGGUUUCUACACUCCAAUGCAACUAGUCAUAAAUGGGUUCUUGGCGCUUUUGCCGAACUUUUGGAUAAUUCAUUGGAUGAGGUCUGCAAUGGCGCUACAUAUGUGAACAUUGAUAUGCUAACAAACAAGAAAGACGGAAAUAGGAUGUUGCUUAUUGAAGAUAAUGGUGGUGGGAUGGACCCAGAUAAGAUGCGACAAUGCAUGUCUCUUGGAUAUUCUUUGAAAAGCAAGGUUGCAGACACUAUUGGACAAUACGGAAACGGUUUCAAGACAAGUACCAUGAGGCUUGGGGCUGAUGUCAUCGUCUUCUCUAGAUGCUCUGCAAAAGAUGGAAAAAGGUCUACACAGAGCAUUGGCCUCUUGUCCUACACAUUUCUACGUUGCACUGGGAAGGAAGAUAUAGUAGUUCCCAUGCUUGAUUAUGAAAGAGGCGUUCGAGAAUGGAAAAAAAUAAUACGAUCAUCAGCCAGUGAUUGGGAUAAGAAUGCUAAGGCAGUGGUCGAAUGGUCUCCAUUUUCAAGUGAAACAGACCUCCAGAAACAGUUUGAUCAUAUGAAGGAUCAGGGUACACGCAUAAUCAUUUACAAUCUGUGGGAGGAUGAUCAAGGACAGUUAGAACUCGAUUUUGAUACUGAUAAAGAUGAUAUUCAAAUUCGAGGUGUUAAUCGAGAUGAGAAGAAUAUCCAAAUGGCUAAUAAGUUCCCAAACUCUAGACACUUCUUGACAUAUCGGCAUUCACUAAGGAGUUACUCAUCCAUUCUCUAUCUAAGAAUUCCUCCUGGAUUCCGGAUGAUUCUCCGCGGAAAGGACGUGCAGCACCAUAAUAUAGUAAACGAUAUGAUGAUGACCAGCGAGGUCACAUAUCGUCCACAACCUGGUGCUGAUGGGGUUUCUAAGGAUUCCAAUAUAGUUGCCAUUGUUACCAUGGGGUUUGUCAAGGAUGCAAAAGCUCAUAUUGACGUUCAAGGAUACAAUGUUUACCAUAAAAAUCGACUUAUUAAGCCAUUCUGGAGACUCUGGAAUGCUAGUGGAAGUGACGGUCGUGGAGUAAUAGGCGUGCUGGAAGCUAAUUUCGUAGAACCAGCUCACGACAAACAGGGGUUCGAGCGAACUAUUGUCCUUUCUAGACUGGAAUCACGUCUCAUUCAGAUGCAGAAGACGUACUGGCGUACGUACUGCCACAGAAUUGGUUAUGCUCCGAGAAUCAGUAUGAGCAGUCUGGAGGACAGAGAUUUUUCUCCCGACUUUUCCCCUGAAACCUCUUCUAAGAGGAAAAAAGUUUCCACAAACAUACCAAUUCCACCUUCGAACAAAUCCUCUUUAAAUAAAAAUCAGAAACAGGGAGGAAGCAAUUCAAUCAGACAUCCAACAGCAACUAUGAAUGAUAUUGGGGAAAAGGGAAAUAAUUUGCACACGAAAUUCGGGGAAGGCCCAAACUCACCACAUUUGGCUGAAAAUGUCCGCGAUGAUGACCUGCAAACAACCAUGAAUAUGAGGCAUACAAAUAGCAGUUCUGAUAAAGGAAUAUCAGCUAAGAAGUCUACUCCAAAGGAUGGUUCUCGUUCAGCUUAUGAGGAAGAUUGUUCUCCUAAUGGGACGACUAUGCAAAUUGUCGCACGUGCUCAGUCAAAGUUUCCUAGUGUUUGUGAAAAUGGAAAUGCUCCUUUAAACAGUAACGCACUUACUUUCGACCAGUUGGUGGAAGAGAACCGCCAACUAAAGGAGAAGUUGAGAAGGAAGGAAGAUGAGAUCAUGGGUGAUCUACUGCAUGAUCUAGAAAGUGAAAGAAAUCGUUGCAAGGAACUUGAAGCUCAGCUUGAGGAAGCAAAGGAGAAAAGCGAGAUCCUCAACAAGGAGCAAGAAAGUAUAAUCGACAUAUUUGCAGAGGAAAGAGAUCGACGAGACAUUGAGGAGGAGGCUUUAAGAAAGAAGUUGAAGGAGGCAACGGCUACCAUCCAAAAUUUGGUCGAGCGGGUGAAACAGUUGGAGUUGGAGAAGAUGAAAACGCACAAACGGAACGCGUCGUAGUUGAAAGCUUGUAGAUGGAUGUGGUCAUAGUUGUGCAUGUAUAUAACCAACCAUUUCCACCCUGAUUUGGGGUUUUACUAUAAUCUACGAGUCUAAUGGUGUUGGUGCCAAAUUUUGCAU